AUGUGGGCGUACCUUGUUGUGAAGCAGGGAAACUUCACUCAUAGGUGGCUGAAGCUUUUUAGCAACGCAGCGACUCUGCGAAGCUGCACACAGUGCGUGUGCGCGUUUAAUCAGUGUCGUUCAAUAGAUCGCAGUGAUCUGGGCUGCGACGUGAGUAGUUUAAGUAAUGAGUUUUUAGAAGGGUCUGAAUCAUCAUCCCCUCAUUUCGUCCACUUCAAAGACGAAGUUGCUAUUCUCAAGUGUUACCGAAAUCCCUUCCCUCUCUCCGAAGGUUCAGUUCUACGCUAG